AUGUCCUCGUCAGGACGACCAGAGCACCAGGCUCCGCCAGAAAUUUUUUACAAUGAAACCGAAGCAGCAAAAUACACAAGCAACACUUAUAUGCUAGACAUCCAGCAGAAGUUGUCAGAGAGAGCCUUGGAGCUGCUUGCACCUCCAGACGAUGUCUCCUGUUAUAUCUUAGAUAUUGGUUGUGGCUCUGGCUUAAGUGGUGAUGUUCUGACAGAAGCAGACCAUCGGGAAGUUGAAGGAGACCUGAUUCUGGGAGACAUGGGUGAUGGUCUACCCUUCAGACCUGGAACUUUUGAUGGUGUCAUCAGCAUCUCAGCCCUGCAGUGGUUAUGCAAUGCUGACAAGAAGUGCCGCUCUCCUGCCAAAAGAAUGCUGAAAUUCUUCCGGACGUUGUACUCAGUUAUGAGAAAUGGCACUAGAGCUGUCUUUCAGCUGUAUCCAGAGAACAGUGCUCGGCUUGAGCUUCUGACCCAGCAAGCCAUGAAAGCUGGCUUUACUGGAGGAUUAGUUGUGCACUUCCCAAAUAGUUCCAAAGCCAAAAAAAUAUUUUUGUGCCUUUUCUGUGGUGGAUCAACACAAGCUCUGUCUGAGGGCCUGGGCACAGAGAACACGGCCACAAAUGUGCGACAGAAACAUGUCAAAGGGCAAAGAAAACCACUGAAGACUUUAAGAGACCGGGUCUUAGAAAAGAAAGAAAGAUGGCGUCGCCGUGGAAGGGAAACCAGACCGGACACACAGUACACUGGGAGGAAGAGACGAAGCCAUCACUUUUGA